AGGAAAGAUGGCACUCUCAUCUCUUAGACAAGCUAUAAACCUGGUUCCUAGGGUUCUCUCCCCUUUGGUCGCUAACCAACGCUUCCUGAGCGACAGACCGAAGAUCAAAGUAGAUAACCCAGUGGUGGAGCUGGAUGGAGAUGAGAUGACCAGGAUCAUCUGGCAGAUGAUCAAAGAUAAGCUCAUCUUUCCUUAUCUUGAGCUCGAUUGCAAGUAUUACGAUCUUGGUAUGGAGUACCGUGACGAGACAAACGAUCAGGUGACACACGACGCAGCCGCUGCCAUACUGAAGUACAAUGUCGGUAUCAAGUGUGCUACCAUCACACCUGAUGAGGAGAGAGUCGAGGAGUUCAAGCUCAAGAAGAUGUGGCUGUCCCCCAACGGUACUCUAAGGAACAUUCUAGGAGGAACUGUGUUCCGUGAGCCUAUCCUCUGCGAGAACGUGCCUAGACUAGUACCGGGGUGGACUAGACCUAUUGUUAUUGGCAGACAUGCUUAUGGUGACCAGUACAAAGCAACAGAUUUCGUAGUGCCAGGACCCGGAACACUGACCAUGGCAUUCCAGCCUGCUGAUGGUGGGGAGCCAGUUGAGUGGACGGUGAAGGAAUUUGCAGGUAAAGAGGGAGGCAGAGGCGGCUGUGGUAUGGGAAUGUUCAACACUACUGAGGCAAUCGAAGAUUUUGCUCACAGUUGUUUCCAAUAUGCCAUAAUGAAGGAGUGGCCCCUGUAUAUGAGUACUAAGAAUACCAUCUUAAAACGAUACGAUGGUAAAUUUAAGGAUAUCUUCGAGGAGAUCUUCCAAUCGGACUACAAAACUAAAUUUGAUGAUCUAGGAAUAUGGUACGAACACAGGCUUAUUGACGAUAUGGUAGCGCAGGUAUUAAAGAGUGACGGUGGGUUCGUGUGGGCUUGUAAGAAUUACGAUGGUGAUGUUCAGUCAGACACUGUCGCUCAGGGUUACGGAUCUCUGGGACUGAUGACAAGUGUACUGAUCUGUCCUGAUGGUAAGACUAUAGAGGCGGAGGCGGCGCACGGCACUGUUACCAGGCAUUACAGGGAGCAUCAAAAGGGUAACCCAACAAGUACCAACCCUAUCGCUAGUAUCUUCGCCUGGACUCGCGGUCUCAUACACCGAGCUAAACUUGACGGAAACGACGAGUUGCACAAGUUUUCUGUAGCACUAGAAGAUGCAUGUGUUAACACAGUUGACAGCGGCACCAUGACCAAGGACCUUGCUGGCUGUAUACACGGCAUGAAGAACGUUAAGCUCGGAGAACACUACGUGAACACGGAGGACUUCCUUGACGCUAUCAAAGUCAACUUGGACGGUUCUCUCUAAACUAUUCACGAUGAACUUGUUGUAUGUGACAGCGACGGAGUCGACAUUUAGUCGAGUCAUGUUUUACAGUGUGGGCCUGGGAGCUACUAGAAGUUUAGAACUCUUAGGGUGAAUAUCUUCGAUCAGAUUUGCUGGGGUUUUGCUCAAUUUUCCGCAGAUUUUGGUCGAGAUCUAGAUGAUCGAUUAUUAUUAUUUCGCUUUCCAAUGUCAUUAUUGUUUCAAGCCUGUACAUAGCCCCUGAACGAGAAGCUCUUUGUUAAUCGUUGGCUUUUGUUAUGGUCUUUUAGGAGCUCAAUUUUUUAAUUUUUAAAGCUGUUUUCCUGUUCAUCCCUCUUUUACCUAUUUAUUUGAACCCGGUAACUCAACUGGUUAUA